CUCAAUCAAAAUAUCCAUACACUUUUUAGUCGCUCACUGUUAGUUAUUGAAGACUAUACAAUGUACAUGUUUCUGAUAACACAUAAAUUUAAGUCACAUUUGAAUGGCCAAAACGGAUAGAAAAUAGAAAUAGAAUCGAUUUAGACUAACUAUUCAAAUUGAAGCGGAAAGUCAUAGACUUGCCAUUCCGAUCAGUGGCCAUUUAUAUCUUAGUUAUUCUUCAGUGAUUAUACCUGAUUAUAACUAUAUUAAUUGACGUGUGGUGGGAGAUAUGGGUAAGAAGAAGGGAGGGGGUAAAAAAGGAGGGGGGAAGGGGAAGAAAAGUGGGAAGGCCAGUGCCAAGAGUAUCCGCAGUGCCAUCAGCGACCAUAACAAGGACAAGGAGCUGGACGUGAACAGCAAGGAGUUCUGGAUGAAACAGGUAUCUGACCUUGAGCGUCAGACGGCUGAAUAUCAGAGAACAUGUGACCUUCUGGAAGUGAACAACGGGGAAAAAGUGACGAGACUGGAGCAGUUGGGAGUGGAGAAGGAUGACAUUCACUUCUAUUUAGCCCAGAGGCUGCAGCAGAAGAGUGCGGAGCUGCAGGAACUGACUAAGAGGUUAUUUGAACUGCAACAGGUCAAAGACCAGGAAAGGGAAUCAUACGAGACACAGCUCCAGUCACUAGAGACGGAGUACCACGAGACUAAGGUGGUUUUGAGUGCGGAGGGGGAGAACUUGAGCAACAAACUGGGCAGCAUGAAGGAGUACGAGGUGCAGAGGGCUGAGCUGAUGGCCAAGUUCGACAAGAUAGAGGCGGAACUGAACCGACAGCUGCAGGAACAGCAGAAGGUGAUUUAUGAGCUGGAACGCCAGAUGGUGGUGGACAAAGACCGGCUGCGGAAGGAGGCGGCGGACAAAGUGUCCAAUCUGGCCACUGAGUUCAGGAAAGUGUCCGACAAACAGAUGGAUGACACCAACAAACGCGCACUCAAAGAGAAUCUCACCCUCAACAAGAGUCUCCAGAGGUACUCGGAAAGGACUGUGGCGUUGAUAGAGGAGAAUGACGCGUACAAGUACAGGGCCAAGCAGAACAGACUCUUGGCUGAGAUGCUCGAAUUCAACGAGAAGGAACUAAGCAAGAAGUUCAACAAGAACCUCCAACAAAUUCGAGUCAUGCUCGACAAGAGUAAAGGAAUGGAGGGUUUGGUGCAGGAGUACGAGGCACAGAGUAAGGAGCUAGAGUUGGCCAUAGAGGAGCACAGAGAGAGCAUAGUGGGCAUGGAGAGGGUGAGAGAGAGACAUGACAGGGCAGAGGAGGUCAAUGAGCAGCUGAGAGAGAGGAUAGAAGAGAUCCAGGAGACUAAUAGACAGGAGGGGAGAACUAGAAGGAAACUGGAGGCUCUUCUACUCGAUACUGCCAAAGCAAUCAAACUGAGUUUGCCGCCUGACCCGUCCAAACGAGAACCGAAUACAGUGGACUCCAACCCAGAUGAAGAAUCAGCUGGAGCCUCCUCGUCCUCGGCUGGCCAGAGGGAAGUGUUGAUUCACCACCUGAUGCGUAUUUUGAACUCUGCCUCCAACAUGGGGGUGGGGCCUCAGGCGGCGGAGUUCCAAGUGGAGAAGCCGACUGUUUAUACUACUAUCAAGUCGCAUACCACCAUCGAAACUAACACCAGCAACGUAUUCGGAACAAGAGCUUCGAAGCAGUAUGCCGGAUACAGAGGAGGUGUUUUGGGUCUGGUGCCCUUACCUGGGUCCAAACGUGCAAGUGCUACUGAGUUCAAGACAAGACCACGCGACUCUGUUCUCUCUGCAACUCGGAGAAGCACUGUAGCUGGACCAGAGCCAGUUUUGAUGCGAUCCAUAGCUUGUCAGACAGUUUCUGUACCCAAGGCUAUUUUCAUGGCCAGAAGAAAAAUCCAGACAGACGAUGCAGAUAACAAAGUUACUUCUGUGAAAAAAAUUGAACCAAUCAAUUUUCAUGCUCCACUCAGGACGUAAUUUUUAUCCAUCCAUGAAAGAAGGAAAACAUGAAAUGGGAUCUUGUUAACAAUCCACUAUCCACACACCCGCUAUAAUGCGAAUAUCAACCCUCAAAAUGAUCAUUUAU